AUGAAACGCCAAGCCUUUCCCUCGGAUGAUGAUGGAGACACGGUCCACAACAACAACAACAACAACAACAACAACAAGUCCAGCAAGAACGACAUGGCGGUGGUGAUGGAUGGCAGUCAAGGCGAAGGUGGAGGCCAAAUUCUGCGCAACAGUGUGGCAUAUGCCAGUAUAUUGCAACGUCCACUCCGCAUUCACAGCAUUCGAGCCAAACGGCGCAAUCCUGGAUUACAAGCGCAGCACUGUGCGGCCAUUGGUCUGGCCGCCGAGCUGGGAGAAGGUGUCUUGGAAGGAGCCACACUCAAGAAUACCGAGAUUACCUACCACCCUCCCUCAACGACCGACGAUCCCAAAGAAGAAGAAGAACGGACGGUGGAGGGCAUUGUGAAUACGGCUGGAUCCAUUUGUCUCUUGCUACAAGCGGCUCUUCCCUGUGCUCUGUUAGGGUCCAACCAAACGACCAAACUAGUACUGAAAGGAGGGACCAAUGCCAAGAUGGCGCCUCAAUACGAUUACUGGGAACGCAUAUUCCUUCCUACAUUUCAGCAAUGGUUGGGCGGAGCCGACAAGGUACCUAUUGAAGCUACAGUCUUGAAGAGGGGAUAUUAUCCAAAAGGCGGAGGACACAUUGAAGUCACAGUGCCAUCCUUACUGCCACAAUUGCCAAUACCGCCCCUACAACUCACAGACCGAGGCACGGUGAAACACAUCCAAAUCCGAUCCUUUCAUGCUGGAAAAUUGCCCCGCCACUUGGCCACCAAAAUGGCAAAAUCGGCCCAGCAACUGCUCGAACAAACCUUUGAGAAGGAUAGUAUUCAGAUCGAUUUGGAAAUUGUCACGGAACCCAAUGCCGUUGGAAGUGGACUGGGGAUUCUGAUUGUGGCCACUACCACUACGGGAUGUCGAUUGGGCGGAUCCGCGCUCUGUGAUCCCAAACAAAAGGCCGACGAAGCAGGACGUGUAGCGGCUCAAGAGCUCGUUGAUACAUGGAAUGACGGAGGAUGUGUCGAUGAGUGGAUGCAAGAUCAACUGAUCUUAUUCAUGGCAUUUGCCAAAGGAACUUCUACCAUGCUGACGGGAUCUUUGACGCUGCAUACCCAGACGGCCAUUGAAGUGGCCCAACAAAUGGUGCCCGGAGUUAAGUUUGACGUGCAGCGUUUGGAAGAACCAGCAGCAGCCAGCGCACCCAAGAGUGAUGGUGGUGGCUACGGAAGCGAUGGAAGGAUCUCUGGGAAACAUCUCAUUACGUGUCACGGAAUUGGAUACACAGGAAACUGAAUUGAAUUCUGUUUGCGGUUUACCGGUACUAGCUUGUGGGAUGGCGUCCAAACUGCACUGAAUGCAAUGAAAAGCUGGUGUUUGCCGGAAACCGAAUGCUGAGGGUGUUGAGCCAACAAGAAGACUCUGGAUACAUCCAUACAUGUCCAUCAUGUAGGACAGACAGCGUAGGCGUGCUGGUGCCCUGCUCAAGAAAAUCAGAAAUAGCUCUAGAAAUUCGCUUCAUAAGCUGCACCGCGCGCCUGGAACCAAAGCUGCUAGCCGCCUUGAACAAACACUCGUACGAGCACUGCAAAGUAAGUGGACACCACUAAAAUAUAGGAAUGCUACGGCAACAGUUUUGUUGUUUGUAUCAGGGUUUUUGGUCAAUUGUUGCGGAAGCUGUUCUGCCGAGGAUGCCACUUCACACAAUACACUGUGGUAGCGGUAGCGACUGCUGCCAAGACAACCUUUCAACACCAAACGAAGUUGCUCUACUGUUCUUCUAAGAGGUGUUGUAUUAGAAGCGAUCAGAUCAGCUUUUUGGUUUCUCCUACCAUGGUGAAAAUAGCCCAAUCUUAGCGAAUCCUGGAUCCUUUUUAGCCCCCAAACGUCUCCCACCGCCCACACUCUUCGGCAGGUUCUACCGGUACCGGUAUGGCAAAUCAGGCAGCAUCAUUUGGGCCUGUUUAAUUAAAAGAGGCAGAGCCAUCAUCAAAUCGGCCAUUCCCAUGGCUGCAUCAAGCACAUCAUCGGCUUGGAAACGACGAUGGCGGCUCUCUUGCAAAUUCUCAUUGAAUACUCGAAUCGCUUCAGCCAGAACCUCAACGGUUCCAUCUUGUUCAAACGUCUUGUUCUUGGCUCGGGAUUGUGCAAGAAGGCGGAUGGCUUUGUCCAAAGAAGUGAUCAUUGGAUCGAACUCGUCCUCGAGCGCCCAACAUACAUCCAGAAGCUCAGGUGGAUGAUCUUCCAUUCCAUCGGUAAUAAGUACAUUCGUAGCUAGCUAGCAAGCAAGUAAUCGAUACAUUCAGGUGCCAUGAAGCUUGUAGACUGGUUGCAAGUAGUGGCAAUCACAACGAUGAUUCUCCACAGUCCAUCUACUUUUUCUUCGCUGCGUUUGUAUUCCUCCAUGGUCUUUGAAACAAAAGCUGGGCGAAGGACAGACAGGUGAGCGUGAGAAGUAGAACGAACCAGGGGAUGAUGAAUCGACAGCCGCAAGAAAUGGUCUAACCUUCCACAUCCUCUCGAGUAAGAAGCUCGUGUUCCUCUCCGCCGCCAUUGUCCGGUGCUCCUGCACCGUUGGCUCCGACUUCUUCCAUCAUUGUUUCGACUUCUUCCGCCAUUGUUUGGUUGGGAAUAUCUUUCCGGUGGAAGUUUUGUGUCAAGCUGCGCAAGCCAACUGACAGGAGCGUUCCUCAAUCGUGGGUGAGAUUAACUCCAAAACGCCCCUAUUUUUAACCAUAUAAAUAAAAAUACGCUGCAUCAAAGGGGAGCUGCACCACCUUGAACCUUGAACCUUGAGCCACCUUGAACAAAACACUCGUACAAGCAGUAGACAUCACUAAUUAAAGGUACUAGUUUAAGGCUAGUGUUGAGCCAGCGAAAAUUUACACUUUUUCUGAACCUCAGAAAAGAACAUCACCAUGGCCACUGCCGACGGCAUUUCUAGUAACACCCCCAAUAUUAUGCACCGAAUCAGUAGUAAUG